AUGGAGCAAAAAUUAGCAAGGGCUAAAGGCAGACACCUUGGUCUCGACGCGUAUUUGAAAACUCUUUUAAGUGAAUUAAACGAGUAUGUUUCUUCGGAAAGCGGUGAUUGUAAGUUGCAGUCUGCGGUUCUUUUGGACGUCAGCGAAACGCACAUAACCAAGAAACCGAACAAUCCAAAUCGGUAUAUAUUUAACGUGUAUUAAACGUGGUUUCUAAACAAUAAUUUACAAACAUAGAUAUUUACCUACACAAAUACGAUUACAAACAAUGAAACAAGUUGGUUGUUACCACCGGUUACGUGAUAAGAUUCUUGAACAAUUUGCGAAAACGAACGAAGAACCAUGGGAACUUAAUCACGGAGAACGUUCUAACGGCUGACGAAUACGAGCAAGCGUUACACAUGUGGAUUAAAGAAGAACAAUCUCUGAUAAAGGGACAAUCAAAUUUUGCUAACGUUUGGGCUUCAUUGAAUUUGUUCGAAGACAAAGACGGAUUUUUACGGUUAAAGGGACGGUUCGCUAAUUCUAAUCUGCGAUACCAAGACCAGCAUCCAAUGAUAUUACGAGGAAACGAAAGCUAUUUCACACAAUUAGUCAUUUGGGACGCGCAUAAGGCGAGUAUGCACCACGGAGUGGAGUCGACAUUGGCAAGA